AUGUCCGGCAAGGACCUGCGCUUCGGCGACGAGGCGCGCGCGCUCAUGCUGAAGGGCGUCGACCAGCUGGCGGAUGCCGUGCAGGCACCGUUGCACACCGCCAUCAGCACACCGUCGUUGCCUCCGCAGCCAGCCUCCCAGCCUCCCAGCCUCCCAGCCGCGGCUCUUGCCGGUGACAUGUGGCGCGUGGCGAGGACUGCGCCUGCACUGCGGCGCGCGAUUCACGACAGCUUGUUGCCGCAGGUGACGCUCGGGCCCAAGGGCCGCAACGCCGUCAUCGACCAGUCCUUUGGCGCGCCGAAGAUCACGAAGGAUGGCGUGACGGUGGCCAAGUCGAUCGAGUUCAAGGACCGCCACAUGAACCUCGGCGCGCAGCUCGUGCGCCAGGUCGCCAACAAGACCAACGACAUUGCUGGCGACGGCACGACCACCGCGACCGCGGUGGCGGCGGGAAUGAACCCGAUGGACCUCCGGCGAGGGAUCAACCUCGCCGUCGACGCGGUGCUGGCGGACCUCAAGGCGAGGACCAAGAUGAUCUCCACCAAGGAGGAGAUCAAGAACGUGGCGACCAUCUCGGCCAACUCGGACCACGAGAUCGGCGAGAUCAUCGCGUCCGCGAUGGAGCGGGUGGGCAAGGAGGGCGUCAUCACUGUGCAGGACGGCAAGACGCUCGAGAACGAGCUGGAGGUCGUCGAGGGGAUGAAGUUCGACCGUGGGUACAUCUCCCCCUACUUCGUCACCUCGCCCAAGAACAUGAAAUGCGAGUUUGAGAACCCGCUCAUCCUGCUCGUCGAGAAGAAGGUCUCCUCGCUCCAGUCGAUGCUGCCGCUCCUCGAGCAGGUGGUCAAGCUGCAGAAGCCGCUCGUGAUCAUCGCCGAGGACAUCGACGGGGAGGCACUCGCCACGCUCGUCGUCAACAAGCUGCGCGGCGGCGUCAACGUGGCGGCCGUCAAGGCGCCCGGGUUUGGAGACAACCGCAAGGCGACGCUGCAGGACAUGGCGGUGCUCACCAACGGCACCGUCAUCUCGGAGGACACUGGCAUGAAGCUCGAGACGGCCGAGUUUUCGGUGCUCGGCACCGCCAAGAAGGAGCGCUGCGAGCUGCUGCGCGACUCGAUCGCCGACACAACCUCAGAGUACGAGAAGGAGAAGCUGCAGGAGCGGCUCGCCAAGCUCUCGGGAGGCGUCGCGGUCAUCAAGGUUGGCGGCGCGACCGAGACCGAGGUGAGCGAGAAGAAAGACCGCGUCACGGACGCGCUCAACGCGACCCGCGCCGCCGUCGAGGAGGGCAUCGUCGCCGGCGGCGGCACCGCGCUCCUCUACUCGACCAAGGCGCUCGAGGGCAUCCCCACCUCCAACUUCGACCAGAAGCACGGCGUCGAGAUCAUGAAGGCGGCCCUCACCGUCCCCUGCAAGACCAUCGCGUCCAACGCGGGCGCCGAGGGCGCCGUGGUCGUGGGCAAGCUGCUCGAGUCCUCGGACACAAACUUUGGGUACGACGCGCAGACAGCGAC